UCAGAGCAACUGGAAAAGAUUCAAUUACCAACAGAAAUCCACCGUAAGCUUCGAUCGAUAAAAUAUUUACAUUAUUGGAAAGCAUCGGAGUGCGCAUCCUUUCUUCACUACGCAUCAAUAGUUAUUUUGAAAGACCGUCUUCCAACUGAUAUUUAUAAUCACUUCAUGUUACUUUUUUGCGCAGUAACAUUACUCUCAUCCACCAUUUACAAAGAUAAAUGGCAAUUUGCUGGUCAGUUUCUGGAUCGCUUUGUACAAGAUUUUGACAAAGUGUACGGCGAGAGAUACAUGAGCAGCAACGUGCACAACUUACAACACAUGUUUGACGAAGUGCAACGGUUUGGAUCAUUGUCGUCUAUAUCCACAUACCCCUUUGAGAAUCAAUUGCAACAUCUGAAACGAACACUUCGAAGCGGAUUCAGAAACUUAGAACAAGCGAUAAAUCGAAUAUCUGAGUGUGAUGAAUUUCAUCUCUCCAAAUCAAAUAGCCAGAUAAAGUUUCCUACAGUUGCAGUUAAAGGAAAUACCACAACCGUUCAUGUCAGGCCCGGCUUUCAGCUUCGUAACAACCUGAGGGACAGUUGGUUCCUAGCAAAAGAUGAAAAAAUUGUUAAGUUUCACGAAACGAACCAGUGCUCCGAACAUGACAUCGAUAAAAUAACCAUUCAAGGCUAUGAACUAUGUGUGAAAGGUUUGAUAUUCAAUGAUCCGAUCGAAUCCAGCGAAAUAUUCAUCUUUAAGGGAUGUACAAAUAGUUUAUCAGAGUCUCUUAUGGAAAUGUCAAUAGAACAAAUUAAAUGUAAAUUAGUAGCGGUACACACGAAUCGCAAACAUGAAGCAAUAUUUAUUCCUCUCAUCCAUACACUAGUUUAA